GCAGCAGCAGCAGAAUGGGAAAGAAAAUUAAAAAAGAAGUUGAACCUCCUCCCAAAGAUGUGUUUGAUCCGCUCCCAAUUGAGAGUAAAAAGGCAGCGACUGCUGUGCUGAUGCUUCAGUCUCCAGAGGAAGAAAUUUUAGCUAAAUCCUGUGAUGCUUUAUACAAAUUUGCAAAAAAAGGAGAAGAAAACAAGUUAGCUCUGCUUGAACUUGGAGCUGUUGAUCCUUUAUCUAAACUCAUUUCACAUGAAGAUAAAAUAGUACGGAGAAAUGCCACUAUGGUGUGUGGAAUUAUGGCCUCUCAUUAUGAUGUUAGGAAACUGUUGCGGAAGUUGGACAUCAUCCCCUCGCUAAUUGCUCGACUCACACCAGAAGAAGAAGUAGUGAUACAUGAAUUUGCAACUCUCUGCCUGGCAUAUAUGGCUGCUGAAUAUACCAGUAAGACACAGAUACAUGAAUUGAAUGGACUGGAGCCUCUUAUUAAACUGCUAAGCAGCCCUGAUCCUGAUGUCAAGAAGAAUUGUGCUGAGUGCAUUUAUCUCCUGGCACAGGAAUUCCAGAGUCGAUCUGCCGUUUGGGAGCUGAAUGCUAUUCCCCCAUUGUUGGAACUGCUAAAAUCUGAAUAUCCAGUUAUUCAACAACUGACUCUCAGAACACUUGGCUGCUUGAGCUCUGAAGUGGAAGCCAGGCAUAUCUUUAUAGAAAAUCAAGUGUUGGAGCAGCUUCUAAAAGUCUUGGAAACAAAGGAGUUUCAUGACUUGCACGUUGACACACUUUUGGUUAUUGCAAACUGCCUGGAGGAUGUUGAGGCAUUACAUAUUCUGCAGCAGUCGGGGGGUCUUAAAAGAAUACUGGAAUUUGCUGAAACAACUCCUCUGCCUGAGGCACAAAUGAAUGCAGCAAAAGCUAUUAGCAAAGCAGCUCAGAAUGAUGAAAACCGGAAAUUCUUCCAUGAACAAGAAGUGGAGAGAAUUCUGGUCAGUAUGCUGGAUACUGACAAUGAUGAAGUCAAGGCUGCGGCCUGCCUCGCUAUUGCGGCCAUGGGCGAAAACUUGGAAAGCAAGAAUGUCUUCAACAAACAAGGAAUUCCUCAGAUUAUCACAUUAUUAACUAGAGAAAGUGCUGAAGUGAGAGAAUCUGCAGCGUUUGUGCUGGCGAAUCUAACUACCAAUUGCCCUGCCAAUGCGAGUGCCGUGGCUGAGGCUGACGGUGUUGACGCAUUGAUUAAUCUCCUAUCAGAUAAAAGAGACGGGGUCAUUAUGAACGCAUGCACUGUCCUUAUUAAUAUGGCUGCUCAGGAACCUUUGCGGCUCAUUUUAGAAACCCACGGCUUGGUGCACGCUUUGAUCGAACCACUGCACUCAUCAAACAAUAUGGUUCUCAGCAAGGCAGCUCUUACGGUGGCCUCCAUUGCGUGUGACGCAGACAUAAGGACUGAUUUAAGAAAUGCCGGCGGUUUGCCCCCUCUGGUAAAGCUUCUUCAGUGCGACCAUAAUGAAGUGCGGCGCAGUGCUUGCUGGGCAGUGGCGGUGUGUGCGAGUGAUGAGCUGACAGCAGUUGAACUGUACAAAUUAGGGGCUCUGGACCUUCUUCAGGAGUUGAACCUCUCCAGGAGUCGCCGAAACAACUUUAGCGAGUGGGCUCUCAACAAGCUGCUCGAUAAUAAUCUGCCUCUAAAGUACAGUCAGAAGGGCUACCUGUCUUACAGCAACCUCAUUGAAGAUGGAUUUUAUGACUGUGGUAGGAUAAAGCCUGAUGCAAAAUUACUGCCUUUAGAAGAGCUCAGCAAGCAGGAGCUGAAUCAGAACCGUGCCGUUAUCUUAAUAAAUGCAAAAAGUCCUGACUUAGCCCCAGCGGCAGUUGCACCUCCGGCGGAAGAGAAGCAAGAAUCAGUUGGGGCACGAUCCUCUUACAGUCGAAAUGCUUCCAGAGAGAAAGCAGGGGCUCCUGCUGAAGAAAAGCCAGAACAGGCUGUUGUAAGAACCCCAUCAUCUCAUGGGAGAAGUGCUUCUAAAGAAAAAGGAAGCAAAGGAAAGGUGAGACUAAAGAAAGAAGAAGAGAAACCAAAAGAAGAAGAGGAGGUGGCUCAGUUUCUGCAGAAUCAGUCACUAAUAGUUUCUGAAAAUAAAGACUGGCAGCCACCAUAUGACCAAGAAUUAAAUGACUGUUUAACCGAGGCCUCCAAAAUGAUCCUUCCUCUCUCAGAUAUCAAAGAACAAGUUGUAGAACUGGCCAAACUCGUUGCAAGAAAGAUGGGCGGACCAAUUGAAAAAGAGCGGCUGCAUGACUUCAGCUGGGAGCUUCAUAUUAGCGAACUUAAGUUUGCUCUUAAAUCUAACGUCAUACCCAUUGGAAAAAUAAAGAAAGGGACUUUCUAUCACCGAGCACUGCUUUUCAAGGUCCUUGCAGACAGAGUUGGCAUUUCUUCGUGCCUUAUCCGUGGUGAAUAUGGGCGGGCAUGGAAUGAGGUCAGACUGACUGGCUCCCUGCAAGAGAUAACAAGAGGCCUUCCUCCUCCUAAAACCUACGUAGUGGAUUUAAUGUUUGAGCCUGGCCGACUGCUGGUGCAUGGAAGUGCUGAUGCCGAUAACUACCAACACAUCUAACAGUCCCCAUUAUUGUACAACAGAAGCAAGUCAAUUACAUUCUGCUGUCAUAAUAAACUGCUACAUUAGCA